AUGCAAGGUGCAGUGCUUACGCUAUGGGUUCACGACAGGUCUUUUUCUAAUCAUGAUGUGAUUAUUAAUGAGGAUCUUGUUCCGGGUUUAAGUGCAUCAUCAGCUAUUGAAAUCCGACAAACAGGUUAUGAAUCAUCUCCAAAAUUGUUGGGAUUAGGGGGAAAACAAAUGGGAAUAAGUAGGAAUUCUAGACGUCUUUUUGCUAUUCCUACGUUUUUAGAGGGGGACUUGAAAAAAAAGCAAUCAAAUUUGCAGAUUUCUAUUUCAACGACGCUCUCAGCAGCUUUUGGAUUAAGAAAUAGAAUAUAUGUAAAAGUGACUAUAGUUGAGGAUAAAAUGUCUAUUUCAGCGGAUUAUAUUGUUAUUUAUUUUAAAGAUCAAUAUAUUUCUAGAUCAGAUAUGUGGAAUUUAUCACAAGAUUUACAAGGAAAAUGUAUAUGGAAAAGAGAGAAAAUGAUUUUUUCUGGUAGUCUUAGGGCAGAUAUUAGAGAAAUAUGGAUAAAUGGCAAAAAAAAACAUUCUGCUUAUGUUUCGACUAAAACUAAACCAAUAUUUCGAUCAGAGAGCGCAAAAUGUUUUCUUUUCCUUCAAAUGAGUAAGGAAAUGUGGGAGUUUGAAGAAGAUGGUGAACUUUUUUUUGAUAAAGCGAUUGAUGGAUUUCUUCCUGAGCUUUUUAAAAGAUGGAAAAAUAUGGGUACACGCCAUAGUGUUACAAUUAUUCUUUUUACUAGAGUUUAUUACGAUGGGAUAGGCCCUUUUUGUCUUUCUCAAUCUCAGGAAAAUUAUUGUUCAUCUCAGGCCCAGAAAAUUAUAAGAAAUUAUAAAGAUUAUUAUGAGACAUGUUCGAAAUAUUCUCAGGAUUUUUUUAAAAUUGUAUUCGAUAAUGUAUUUUCAGGUGAAUGUAUGACAACUAUAUCUGAAUUAAAGCAAGAACUUCAAAAAUUCAAGAAAGAUGUCCUCAUGUAUGAAAGAAUUAAUGAAUUAUCUCAUGAAAGCAUGGGUUUGGUUUCUGCAAGUAUGUCAUAUGCGUUACAAGGAAAUGUUCUUGAGGCUAUUAAUAUUGUAACAAAACAAUUUUGUUACGAUUAUAUUGAUCAUGAUCUUAUAAGAACGGGUGCAAGUAUUGUUAUUGUAACACCAGGAACUGGCCAUUUUGAAGUAGACGAAAAAAUGUUAGAAAUUACCGCAAAAAAUCUUAUUAGUACUGGUAUAGAAAUUGAUUUUAUAUGUUUGAGUAAACCUCCGCUUCAUAUUGUUCCUUUAUUUAGAUAUAAGAAAAAAUCUUCUAAUGAAAUCAACAAUUCCCAGGAUGCAGAUAAUAUUUCAGUAUAUCCUUCUUCUAGUUUAAACUUAAAUAUGUCGAAUAAAAAUCUUUUUAGUUCUUUACAUCAACAUGAAUCAUGGGUAUAUGCAGUUCCUUACUUUUGUCAAGUUAGUUAUUGGAAUUAUAAAACAAAGAAAAAUACUAGUUUUGUUACAAGUUGCAAAAUGCAUGAAUUACAAAUGAUGGGAAUAAUGGAGAAUGAAGCUAGUAAAAUUGCUAUUGAAUAUUUACCUGAAUUUGAUUUACUUGAUGAUGGGAAAAUAUCAUCUUAUUGUGAAGAAUAUGAUGAAAAUGUUUUUAGAAUUAAUAGAAAGGAUAAUAAUUCUUUAAACAAUGAACAUUUAGAUGAGAAGGAAAAAAUAUUAAAGAAUCGUAGCUUCUCUCAGAAAACUGAUCUGGAAAACAUUUCGACUUUAAAUGAUGAUGUAAAGAAACAGGCGAAAUAUAAAGAGUCUGAUAAAGAGCCUUUUUCUGUGCAUAAAAAAGUAGACAAAGUUGCAUCUAAGGCUCAUACUCUUUCAAAAAGAUAUUUUGUACAAAAUAUUCUAAGUAUGGGAGAAUUAUUUAGUAGCCAAUAUUUAAAAGCUCUCCCAAGCAUUACUUCUGUUUCUUUUCUAGCAACACAAAAAAAACCUACUACUAAGAAAUUGACAACAAAAAGUAAUCAGUUAGAAUCUAACGAAACAGAUUUUUUAAUUUCUCAAAAUAAUCCUCAAUAUCCUUAUAUUUUUCAGAGUAGAUUGGAUUCUAAAAAGGAUUCUAUAAAAAACAAAAUUAAUACUAUUAUGUCAAAACAGCCUGAAAAAAUCAUGGAUAUCAGAAAAUCUCUUUCUUUAGAAAAGUUUCAAAAAUUAAAACCUGAAAAGGAUUCAUUUUGGCAGAUUAUUCAAUAUCCAUCUAAUCCUUUAUCUAAUCCACCUCCUUCGGAUGUAUAUUAUAAAAAAUGGAAAGAUGCUCAUCCAAAACAAAGAAAUAUAGAGGAAGUUAAUUGGUCUUCAAUUUGUAGCCCUGCUUCUUUACCUCUUUCAACAGAUCUUUUUCCUAGUGCUGAGGAAUUGCGUGAACUUUAUCAAGAUUAUACAUAUACAAUUACUAUUGACCCAGAAAAAGUUAGUUUUGAUCAGCAUUCCCUUCUAAUAGAACUUAUAAAUUUACGGCUUAAUCAAGGUUUUCAAAUAGUUAUUGGAGAUUCUGUUUUAGCUGAUGAUCCUAAGUCAAUCAUAUUAUCUCAACAUUCUCCAGUGUGUAAAUUAAAUAAAAAGAAUACUCUUCAGGGGCCUUUGGAUAAUUUUUAUAAAACAAUAUAUUUGGCACUUGAUAAUUAUCAAUUUCACAAAAUAACUGGGGAUUUUUCUGGAUAUAAUAUUCAAGUAAAGAGAUUUAUUAGAAAAUAUAGUCCUAUUGGACCAAUAAAUUAUAAAUAUCAUACUUGGUUCUUAUCUAAUAGUGGGUAUCAACCUAGAAGUAUUACUUUUUCUUCUCAUCCGUUUGAAAAUCAAAAUUGGAAUUAUGUUGAUCAAUUAAUAGCUGGACAAGAGGAUAAUUUAAGUGAUUCAAUAAAGUAUUGGAGAUCUCGUUUCGUUUUAAUUCCAGUGGAUAUUAAAACAAUGCCUGUUCACCAAAUUUUAACUUAUUUUAAUGCUAAUAGUACAGAUGUUUUAACUGAUGAAGAAAUUCGCAUACUUGGCAUACUUAAAAUUUAUGAAUUAAUAAAAAAAGGCCAAUAUCUUAAUUCAUUUGAAAGAGAUAGGAUUAAACAUACAUCUUGGAAAGAUGGUAAUAAUAUGGAUUUAAUUUUUAUUACUUCAAAUAUACCUGCUUUUAUUAUUCAAGAAAUUGAAAGUUUUGAUUCUGAAUAUAAUUUUCAAAAUAAAGAAAAUUCGAAUACUGGAAAUGAAAAAUUAAAGACACUAGAUGCAAAAUUAAAUAGUAUUGCACAGGAAAUACAAGGUCCUAGAGGCAUUAAAUUUCAAGAUCGUCGGUGGCAUUUGAAAUUAUAUGAAAAUUGUUUCAUUGGUAUGGAUAUGGUUACAUGGUUACUAGAGAAUUUUUCGGAUAUUUCAACAAGAGAAGAAGCAGUUUAUUAUGGGAAUGAGUUGCUUUCUAAAGGAUUAUUUGAACACGUUAAUAAUGAUCAUCAGUUUUUGGAUGGAUAUUUUUUUUAUCGAUUAAAGCCUGAAUAUUCAUCAUCAAAAACUCCUAAGUGCUGGUUUGGAACGCGUAAGAUUACUCCUAUUAAUGCUGUUUCUGGAAAUCUUUCAAGAUCAGAUUCUAUUGCAUCAAAUUAUCAAAUUUCAACAUCUACUAAAAAAAUUCAGAAAGUAAUAUUAAGCAAAUAUUUGAUUUAUGAUGUUGAUACGCAAAAACAAAGUUAUAGGCCUGAAUGUAUAAGAUUGCAUUAUGAUAGAAUUUAUAAUCCAAAAUCAUGUUAUCAUAUUCGUUUAGAAUGGGUUAGUGUAACAUCUCGCUUUGUCGAAAAUACAAUACAGUCUUGGAAAAGAAUUGCUGAGAAAUAUGGUCUCAAACUUGUUGAGGUUCCUAUAGAUGAAGCCUGUAAAAUUAAUGAUAAAAAUCCACUUCAAUCUACUAUUUCGAUUAAAUUAGUGCUACCACCUCCUCCUGUCCCUCAUUUAAUAAAAUCAGAUGAAAUUUUGGGAGAGGAUCCUGAUUUUUGGUGUAUUCUUUUAUUAAGGAAGUUUGAUUUUGUAUUGGAUUUUGAGUCAGCAAGUAAAUUCCCAAAAUCUAUUGAUAUCACAUAUUCAUGGGGAAAACCUUCUUAUAAAUACUCUCAGUAUAUUCAUAGAUCAGGGGCAGCUAUUGCUCAGAUCGCUGAUGAUAAUACUAUUUUAUGGUUAACAAAUCAGUUAUAUUUGUCAAGAAUUGGGUUUAUGGUUCAUGCCCCAAAUCAAUAUAAUAUUGAAUCACAACGAAACAUUAAAGAUUUAACUCUAGAAUCAAAUAAGCUCUGUGCAGAUUUUAUAAAGUUUUGCUCUGAUAAAGUUUCUUUGGAAAAAUUUUAUGAGGAAAUUCUAGCUAAAUAUACAUUAAAACAAGAAACUAAUGAAUCUGAAUAA